CUGAUGCAUUAUCUCGAGUUCCCCAACUUUCAAAUAUUAAUACCCUUAAUACCAACCUAAUUAAUAAAGAAUUAUUGAUUAAUGAACACAAAAAUGAUUCUUAUUUUGAACCAAUUUUCAAACCUUAA